GUUGAUUGAUCCCUUCCUUUUGUUCCUCGAACCGCCGGCGCCACCGCCGGGGAGCCCACGAUGCCGUGGCAGGGCCGCCCUCAGACGUCCUUGCAGGACUCCACGUCACCAGGGGGGCCGGCGCUGGAUCUCAGGGCGGCGAUGCGGCUCACCGCCACCAGGGCCACCGCCAGCAGGCAGGCGCACGAGCAGAAGCAGGAAGCCAUGGACAGAAGGAGAAAAAAAAUGUCGGACAGCAGAAGGCAGACCACGACGGCGUUGAGCGGCACGCGGUAGAUGUUGUACACCGUGCCCCGGAUCUGCUCCGGAACGAUCUGACUCUUCAGCAUGCCGACGGUCGGGAAGUAGGCGCCGACACAGAACUCGAACAGGAGGAACGCCGCGAACACGGAUGUCCGUCGCCCGCGACCUGCCGCCCAGCCAGGCCGGGACCACGAAGGCAACGAUCCCGGCUGCAAGCAGGAGGAUCAGCCGCGUCGUGGGCUGCAGCGCAUCGCUGGAGAUGGUGGCCGCGGAGGCCCCGCACAUGCACGCCAUCAUGAAGAGCGCGAAGACGGCCGGCGGCACGCAGGAGACCCGGAGACCCAGGCAUGCUCCCCAGACCCCCUUGUGUUGUGAAAAAGUCACGACGGGAGACCUCUGGGGGUCGACGCUGCGGAAAAAAAAAAACACGACGUCGAGGGUCUGGGUCGCGUGGUGGGAUACAGCCGACAAUGUGAUCAAGAAAAUAUCAGCCAGCGUUGACUCCAAAGAGAUAGAUGGACAGGAGAAGAACGAGAGAAGGAGACAGAGCUGGUGGGCGCCAUUGGAAAUAAGGGGGGGUGGCCGGUGAGAACUUCCGUUGAAAACCCUCGGACAUGUUGGUAGAGGCCUGGGGAGGAGGGCCGUGCUGGGAGUACCCCCUGCGGGCCCGCACCAAGAAGGUCACUCGGGCGAAGGGCCAAAUCUUGCGCGCAGCCGAGAUGAGCCCAUGGGGUGGCGGCGUGGCCUCAGGAGAAGAGACAGCGGCAGAAGUAUAAACUUUCGGAGAUCGGACCUCUGAGGGUCGGGCGGAUGUUUUGGAUCAGCGGCGCUCACCGUUGCGGCGCCUCCGGGGGGGCGAUGCCCAUCUACGAAAACCGCACAGUACUCCGAAAAUGUAUGUUUCUGGUGUGGUUUCUUCUUCGAU